GGGCAGUGAGCAGCAGGCUCGGCGAUUGUGGUGGUGGUGGCGCAAGGGUGAAAGCUGCUGCGUAGAAAGCAAAAUUCGUUAAAUUUAUCCUUGUGCGUACCUUAUCAUUCAUGCAAAAUCUUAGGGAAGUGGUUCCGGACAUUGGAAGACGGUGACAGCGUCGUAUUUUAACAUCCUCUGUUAGCACCACCAACGUCUGCAGUGCGAGCGGCGCGGCGGCGCCCGCUACAGCGGCCUCGCCUGACGCGGUGUCCGCGCGAUCCCCCGAGACGCCGGUCACCGGGCCCGGCCAACCAGCCAUGGACCAGGAGCAGAACCAGAUGCAGUCGGCGCCGCAGCUGUGCGGCAACGGCUGCGGCUUCUACGGCAGCCCCAGCUUCGACGGCCUCUGCUCCAAGUGCCACAAGGAUAUCGCCAAGAGCCAGGCCGACAAGGCCGAGCAAGAGCAGAGCGGCGGCGCUCAGUCGGACCUGAGCCAGGUGCUGCAGGAAACCAGCGCCCUGUUGGCGGCCACCACGGCCCAGCCCACCGUGCCCGUGCUGCCGGCAGCCGCCGCCUGUCGCCGCCGCCGCCGCCGCAGCGCCAGAGCCCCUCUGUCGAAGUCGCUCCUCAUCCCCCCGUCACCCUCCACCCGGCAGAGUCUCCCCGAAACGGACCAGGAGCGGACAGCCGCCGCCGCCGACGUCGCCGCCGGCUCCGCCUCGCCGGCCGACGCCUCCGGCAAGAAGAAGAAGAGCCGAUGCGAGGUGUGCCGGAAGAAGGUCGGCCUGACGGGGUUCACGUGUCGCUGCGACGGCCUGUUCUGCUCUCUGCACCGAUACAGCGACAAGCACGACUGCUCCUUCGACUACCGCGUGCUCGGCCAGCAGGAGAUCCGCAAAAACAAUCCGGUCAUCGUCGGCGAGAAGGUGAACAAGAUUUGAACGGGCGCCGGCGCGCCCGCGCGGGCCGGAAAUUAGCCAGUGAUAGCCGGGCGGCGUCCCGUCUCCGUUCCCCUCGCCGAACGCGGGUUGCGUUCGGCCCGUCGCCAAAUCGACCCGCACGCCUGUGCGCCCUCCCCCCGGCUGCGCGUGU